AGAGCUCUUCCUAAACUCCUACAUGUAAUAUAGAUCGGAUUAGAUCGGACGGUCCGGUUUGCGCGCUCUGGGAGACACUGAGAGAGAGAGAGAGAGAGAUGGACGCGCACGAGCGCGACACGGCUGCGGUUCCGGGUCCGUCCGCGUGCAAGUUCACCACCGGCUCGUCUCGGUGGGUCCGGCUCAACGUGGGGGGCACUUACUUUCUCACAACCACGCAAACUCUGUGCCGGGAGCCCAAGUCUUUCCUGUCCCGGCUGUGCCAGGAGGAUCCCGAGCUCCACUCUGACAAGGAUGAGUUGGGUGCAUAUUUGAUCGACAGAGAUCCGGUGUACUUCGGGCCCGUGCUGAACUACCUGAGACACGGCAAACUGGUCCUCAACAAAAAUCUGACAGAGGAAGGAGCUCUUGAGGAGGCCGAGUUCUACAACAUCACAUCAUUAAUUAAAGUUGUCAAGGACAGGAUCAGAGAGCGAGAUGCCAAAACCCUGCACACUCCAAUGAAGCAUGUGUACAGGGUGUUGCAGUGUCAGGAAGAGGAACUCACUCAGAUGGUCUCCACCAUGUCAGAUGGAUGGAAGUUUGAGCAGCUGGUAAGCAUAGGCUCCUCCUAUAACUACGGCAGCGAAGACCAAGCCGAGUUCCUAUGCGUUGUUUCCAAGGAGCUUCAGAACCAGUCAUCCGGUAACAACAGCCAGCCGAGUGAGAAAGCCAAGAUACUCCAGGAGCGAGGCUCUCGGAUAUGAGGCUCUCGGACAAAACACCUACGUCUAGAAGCAUAUACGAGUUUUAGUUACUGAAAUGUUUUCUUGGAGGAGAAAUGAUCAUGACUGGUUCGACCAGGCGACCAAUCAAAAGAAAGAGGAAGUGGGCGAUGAUGCAGAUACGACGGUUAUUGUUACUAAUUGCAUUAUUUAUGUAAGAAAUAUAUGUUGUAUUUCUUGGGGACGUGCUGUGAUGGGAAAAUAAUCAAUGACAUUAAGUGGAAGUC